AGUCUGUGGUUCGGCCUAAAGGGGAUAGUCCGAUUACAGCAGUAUAUCGUCUUUAAUUUAAGUAAUGUUUAAAAAAAUACAAAAGGAAAACGGUCUAACAGUGGAAAGUGAAAUUUCAAACUCAAAGGAAAACUACCACAAUAAUAGUGAAUUUGUUUUAUCUACCUUAAUCGGUUCCCAAAACAUUAAAAAAUGGAACUCCAUUAGAAUAGCGCUAGGAUUUAAAAGCAAUGAAGAAUUUGUCACCAAGUUGUUAGAUCUUGCUCAAGGAUAUCUCGAUGGAUUACAAAAAGAGGAAGCAACCAUCACAGAAGAAAACAAAAAGACGAAAAAGAAGCAUAAACCCCAUAAGGUAAAGCCAAGCUCUUCUAAAAAAGCUCAAAAUGGUGAAUUCCAACAAGAAAGUGAUACUGUUGUUAAUAACAGUAAUGUUAAUCUUAAUUUUAAUGUUGCCAACAUUAUAAAUGAUAUAGUUCCAGAAAAAACAGCAGAUAAUAUAUCAAAAGUAAAGACUGACAGUGUAAAACAACCAAAAAAGGUAACAAAAAUUAAUGAAAUAGAUGUUAACAAAAAGCCGACUGAAAAGUUGCAAUUGCCACUGAAAGAUUUAAAAAUAUGCGAGAACAAAUCCCCAGAAGAACAACCACAAGUACUGCCUGAAAAGGAAGCCAAGCCUAACAAUUUAGAUAAGAUUAAAAUCAAGUUGUGCCACAUCUGUAAUACUCAUCAUGUCCAAGAACAUUGCCCUAUAAGCUUUCCUCAUUACAUCAUAAAUGAUUCCUUAGAACAUAGCGAAUGGGAAGAAAAGUUUAGGGUACUACACGAUAUUCAGUAUAAUAAGGAAAAGACUGAACUCAAUGAAGAUGAUUUAAUAAAAUAUAGUUAUUCGAUGCUAUCGUUGCCAAGUUGCUUAAAUAUCAAUGAUACUGGUACUGACCAUGGCUUGGGAGUCUUUGCCAAAAGUGAUUUGGAGCCUUUUGCCCAGUUUGGGCCCCUUGUUGGUAAUUUGAUCAAAGAAAGAGAUAUAUCUGAAGACGUAAACAUGCAGUAUAUCUGGGAAAUUAGUGAAGCAUCUGGCAACAAAUACAUUGACACUGAAAGUAAUGUUGAUUCCAACUGGAUCAAGUUUGUGCGACCUGCUCCCACGAGAGAUGAUAAAAAUUUGACUGUGAUAGUUAGAGAUUCUAAGUUAUAUGUUGUUUCUAUAAAAUUUAUCAAGAGUGGAGAGGAGCUUCUCUACUGGCAAGAUCCUCCAAUGGCCAAUGUUAAAAAGAAAAUGGAAAAAACUGCUUGUGGGGGUUGUAAUAUGGACUUCAAACACCCUCAAUACUACCAAAUACAUUGCUCAAUAUUCCAUGAUCUUCGGUAUAGUUUAACAAUAAGGAAAUAUCAUUGUAAGAUAUGUGGAGCUGCAGUUUUGGGCAAAGAGAACAUAAUGAAACAUGCUACGGAAUUACACAAUGGACAAGGCGCAUAUCAGUGCCAGUUUUGUAAAAAGUAUUUUUUGAGACUGAAUUAUCUGGAAAUGCAUCGCACAUAUGGCUGUUCUGCCAAUCCCCAUAGAUCAAAACCACUUUGUGAUUUUUGUGGUCGUAAGUUUUGCCAACCUCAGAAACUCAAAGUGCACAUAAAAAGAAUGCAUAGUGAUUUAGCUGAAGUAUUAAAAGAGUUUCAAUGUAAGAGCUGUUUGAAAAUUCUGGGAUCUAGAGCAGCAUUACAAAGACAUUUAAAGGAAGUACAUAAGAAGCAAACAGAAGCAAACUGUUCCUGUUCAAGAUGCGGGAAAAGUUUCCAGAACAAAUCGAACCUUAAAAUCCAUAUGCUAACCCACAGUGGCAUCAAACCUUUUAAGUGUAAUGUAACAAGCUGUAAUUCAGCGUUUACAACUAAACAGUGCUUACAGUUCCACUAUAGAAAGAUUCACAAUUACACUGAAGAUAAUAUGCCGAAAAUUAUACGUAGCAUAGAUUAUACCUUUCAAGCCUACAGUGGAAAUGAGAAUGAAAAUGUCAGUGAAGAUUCUAAAGCUGAUGAUAACUACAUGUCUGUGGAUAAAGAAGAUCAAGAAGAACAUUCGGAUGAUGGAAGUGAUAACAGUGAGAAUAUAGACGAUCCCAUUCCAUCACAAGCACCUCCUCAAGAAGAAAAACAAGAUGAAUUUCCCCCUCCAUCUCCAGAGAUACCAACACCCCCGCCGGAAGAUUACAACAAGUCGGUAUCAGGAUCGAACUUAAAAGUAUUAAGUAAAGGAUCUAAAAAAUGGAUCGGAGAUGAUCCACCAGUGGCAACAAAGUUGUCGGAUAUAUAUUCAGUAGAGAAGCUCAGUAAAGACGACUUUUCCACGAUAACUUUGCAAGAAAGUGAAAUGUACGAUAGAGGUAAAUUGACGAGUAGUGAUUUUGGCAGACAUGAAGCGUCUAAUGCAAGUUUGUUGGUUGAGGCAGCUUUGGAUUCGGUUUGUAAUGAGCCGAAUAUAGAUAUUGACGGGACUCCUAACUGUGCAGACUCGUUAGUAAACAACUUGUAUAAUCUUGCCCAAUCGGACAACCUUCAUGACGUUUCCUACAAUGAUCAAGGCUGUAUUAGUGAUUCCAGAGAUAUUAGUCUCAUUUCUCCUUCAGUGAAUGAUCAUGUUUCGGUGACUGACGAGUUAAACGAUGAACUAAGACACGAUGGCAGCAUAGGAAUGCACUAUUCCCACUUUCAACAAAACGACUUCAGUCCACCUCACAGUCCAGAUAUACACAGGUCGAACUUUGUGCGAAAUUACAUCAAUAGUUUAUCUCCGCAGAACGGCGGGUACGAUCCCAAAAGUAGUUCGCCUGUACCUAGUCCAUCCAGAUACGACCUAUUCGGUCAUCACGUUAAUCCGGAUCAUUUAUCUUCCGAUGACAGUAACGGAAUGACAGUACAGAAUCUGAGUUUGCACGCUAAAAAUGAAAUACAGUUAGAUCUAUCUUUAUACAAGACCUACAAGACAACAACUCACGAUUACAUUAGGAAGUUUAAGUUAGACGAUGACAUAGACGUUAUUAACAAUGAUUUGCCGUCCGGAGUUCCAAAUGAUGAAAUUAAAGAGAUAGAACGAGAUGAACACCACGAUUUAUCAGUCGAAAUACGUAAUAAAUUCGACAUAGAUCUAGACUUGAGGCUAAAAGCUUACGACAGUAUCGACACUGAAAGUUUGCGACAAAGAAAUCAUACAUACGAUACUGAGCUGGACUUCAGAACUAAAACUUACGAUCUGAUCGACUCGGUGGAGACUAGAAACAAGCAGUACGAUCUGAUCGAGUCUGACUUUAGGACUGAUCGGAACUUUGAGCCUCUGAUACUCAAUUCUGAGCUGCAAGGUCUAGAUAUGUCUGCUAGAAGUUUCCAUAAUUAUUCCAAUGUGAAUAGAUAUCGGUCAUUGUAUCCUGACGUUGAUAGGGUGGAUUUGCGUCUUAAUUACAGUCCUCCACCGCCUACUUACACACAUGCUGAUCUUUUGCGGGUUGUUUCUUUGGAUUUGACUCCUCCUGGUAGGCACAGUGUGGAUUUGAGCUUAAGGAACCAUCCUCUGCAUUCAAUUGGCAGUUCACGUUUGUUAACAGACCAUAGUCUUCAGACAACCCCGCACAGACUUCUAGAUCAGAGUCGCUUACUAAAUCCAGAUCUCAUUUCCACAAGACAUUUAACAACAGAUAGAUUAAUUCCGGAAACUAGCAAUAGAGUACUCACUGAUCACAGUACAUCUAGGAUAUUAAACACUGAGCAAUUAGGAACAAACCAUUUGCUUUCGUCAGAUCAAAGCAGGAUCAUUGGUGAUGACUCCAGAGUUAUUUCUGAUCAAUCCAGACUGCUAGAUCAAAGUAGACUCAUCGGAGAUGGUCGUAUUUUACCUUCUACCACACCGAGUGGGGCGGUUUCGCCCGUCCAAGGCUUUAGUGGAUAUUCGGUGUCACAGAAUCCUUACCAUCCAGCUUCUUUGACUACCAGGCCACAUGUCACUUCGCCCACUUCAGCUGCAUAUCAUUAUCCGACGUACUAUUAAAAACUAGACAUUACAUUGAUUUUAAUUUCUCGUUGUUGCGUCUUUAAGUAGAUUGUGUAGUGUUUUAUUAUUUAUGUCUCCCGAAUAAAAAUGUUACAAGUG